UAUCCUAUCGGUGCAUCAGCACACGGUUUUACUUUCAAUGUCUCAUUGCGGUCCUAACGCGGAAACAAAAACUGAAAGGGCAACCAUCUUUGCGGCUUCAUGGAUGGAAAUGAUGUCUAAACGCAUGAAGCAUUUGACCCGCAUUUGACGAAACAAUGCAUUCACAGCGGAGAAAAAGAUUGCCGGGGGCAGAUCACGUGUAAUCAUUGGAUUCUUCUCUUACCGUGCAAGACAGGAAGCGCUGUCCGUAGUCUCGGAAGACCAGUCCAUGUUCGAAGGCACUUACCAGCACCACCACCAGGAGGUACCCAAGACAUCGGCCGUCUCCUCCGCCGUUAGUCCCCAUCACCACACCACGGCGCUCCAGAGCGCCGUCCCGAAACCCAAGUUAUCCCCGCAGUCCUCGCCGGUGGUCGACCACAGCAAUACCUUGCCCAGCCCCCAACAGCAGCAACAGCAGCAGCAGCCGCAGCCGCAGCCGCAACAGCAACAGUGGGUUCAGUGCAGGCAACAGGAGAUCAGGAUGAAGCAGGAGCCGGACCACGGAAGCCACGGCCACGAGGCCGGCAGCAUCGGCGGCCGGGUGGUGGAAGCCGAGUCCCCGCUGGACUGCAGCGUGACCAAGAGGCAGCCCCACGGGACGAUGACCGAGGCCACCCAGGCAGCACCGCCAUACCCAUGCCCGCCAUACCCCGGAUCGGAAUCGGACCGUGCCCGGUCACCUCCGCCUAACGUCACAACCAACGAGAAGCGGGUUAUCGUGCCUGCUGAUCCCAACAUGUGGACCAUUGAUCAUGUCCAGCAGUGGGUGCAGUGGGCAGUACGGGAGUACUCCCUCCAGGACGUGAUGGUUAGCCGGUUCAGCAUUGAUGGCAAGCAGCUGUGCAAGAUGACCCGCGAGGACUUCACGCGGUUGACCAGCUCCUACAACGCCGACGUCCUCCUGUCCCACCUCAACUUCCUGAAGCAAGCACCACUGCCAAACCUGACAUCUGACGAUGUAGACAAAGCUCUCCAGCCUUCCCCAAGAGCCCCGCCCAGCUCGCAAGCAACAAAUAUUGGAACGGCUCAAUCGAUCAGCGACAAGAAGUACGCGUGUAAUGCUACAAGUUACUACCCAGAUCAGAUGCAGAAAGUAAGUGCCACCGCGUUUCCGUACCCCGUCAGCACGCACGUGGACACAAAUACCCGGAUGCAGCGAACAGAGCCAUCGUGCGCGGAGUCGCUGGUGCGAGGAAGACAAAACAGCUGGGCCUCGUCCGUGCCUGUAUCGUCCUCCAAAGGAUUCACCCAGACGACAACGUCAAUUCCAAAGGCCGGCAUCGAAUCCUCGACCCAGAUCCGACCAGAUCCGUACCAAGUCUUCGGACCCACUAGCAGAACGCUUGCAAAUCCAGAAAACCCAGCAAGCAGCUUAGGAGGACAUGUCUGGAACCGGAGUGGGCAGAUCCAACUGUGGCAGUUUCUGUUGGAACUCUUGUCCGACAGCUCCAACGCCAACUGCAUCACGUGGGAGGGCACCAACGGCGAGUUCAAGAUGACGGACCCAGACGAGGUGGCCCGCCGCUGGGGCGAGCGAAAGAGCAAGCCCAACAUGAACUACGACAAGCUGAGCCGCGCCCUCCGCUACUACUACGACAAGAACAUUAUGACCAAGGUCCAUGGCAAGCGCUACGCCUACAAGUUCGAUUUCGCCGGCCUGGCCCAGGCCAUGCAGCCGGUACAGGCUGAUCCGAGCGUCUACCGCUACCAGUCGGACUUGAGCUACCUGGCCCAAGGCUACCAUCAUCCCAGCAAGAUCAACUUUGUGGGCACACCCAUCCCUUCGACCAAUGCAGGUCUCUUCAGCUCCCAUGGCUCCUAUUGGUCAUCGCCCAGCGCCGCCAAUAUCUACCCGAGCAGUCACGUGGCACAUCCGCACAGUCACGUGUCACCGCACAUAGGGACCUAUUACGGGUAGAUGAUGGCGGAGUUCUGUUCUGACUGACACAUUUGAAAAGUGCCAUGGUUGUAAAAUGUCGAACAUCGAUGAUACAAAUGUAACAACUUACUCCAAUCUGUUUGAUUUAGAGGGUGUCUUCUUCCGAGGAUUAUUGGUAGCCGCUGAAGUUGCGGUCAAGGGUUAACAAAACUGAUGCAAGAUAUUACCAGGUCGACAAAGUUACUUGGCAUAAUAUUCAUCGAGCAACAUUGAUCUAAACCAUUGAGAAAAUCGCUAGUUUUGUAAAAUCAUAAUGGAGUGUAUUUCACUGAAAAUCACAACAGUAUACAGAUGUCAUUUUCUAGAGGCCUAAAAACAGGUCUUAAUAUGCAUGCUGGGGUUUUACUUUCUUUGAAAAAAAAUCAUGAGACUCGGGUUUUAAAGGCAACGAAGUAUAAUUUAUUUAUCGGUAGUUCCAGAUCGCAAAUCAAUGUAAAUUUCCAUGAUGGCUUCCUGAAACGGCGCUUCGUGUUAAAAAAAAACCAGUGGAAUUUACCAUCCUGACGAAAAAAGCGAUCGAUGAAAAUUGGCCAACAUAGUAUCUCUCGGCAUCUCUACUUACUUUUUGUUUGGUUUCCUUUUCUUCAACAUCUAUCGAUGUAAUCUACUUGUCAUUUUGCUAGUAAGGUGUGCCUUGCGCAUCAGCCGUCUUUCUUUGCUUCCCGGGAUGGAUCGGUUGACUCAUUAAGAUCGUCGCUAACCGGCCGAGGCAAAAUGCGACCGGCGAUACCGACCCAGACGAACCUUAAUCAGUCUGGCGCCAGAGAGACGAACCGUUGGACGCCGGAAUCCCCGCGCAACUAGUACGUUCCUCCAACUACAGAAGAAUAAAAGAGAAGAAAGCUUUUUACAGAUUUAUCUGUAUUAUUCUAUUCAGUUUUGAGGUCAUUUAUUUUAAUUUCAGAAUGAUUUCCCCGUUUUCUGCCGCUCGAAGCCACGUCAGGUCUGUUGAGAAUAGAAAUGUCUUCGUCUUGGUGGAGAUUUUUUUUAAGUGAAAUGUUGUUGGAACUUAUGUCGGCAGCUGUGCGCAUUUAAAAGCUGUUACGCAGGCGCAGGUCAGAAUGGUACAACAUGGAGCAACAUGUUGCUACUUGGUAAAGGUUAAACGAUUAUGUGUCGCAUUUCACUUCGGCAGAAAUAUCUGUUGGCGUUGUAAACCAGUUGGGUAGAAGAAAAAGGAACUCCAAAUCGAUCAGCAAAGAUACGUCACAGUUGAGUGAGUUUCGUAUCCUGAAAUCACCUGUAAACGUAACUCAACUGGAACAGUGCUCCAUAUGCCAUGCACACUUGGUUGCUUGGCAGAAGCGAUACUAGAUACCAUAACGUUUCUCACGGCCACUCGUACACCCUUAAAUUGACUUUGUCGCUGACGUACGAUCCACAAGCACUUUUUCCUCAGUCGAACAUGAGCAAAGCUUAUAUGCCACUUGGUAUUAGAUCGACUUUUACCUAUACCGUCAUAUCGGGCCAUUAUUUUCGAUGUGUGUGAAGGGGUUUAGAGGACCGUCAAAUAUUAACGUUAUAUUGAAAUAAAUCGGAUGAGAAGGUUUUCCACGUUUUCCCGUAGGAAUUCCAUUUGUUUUGUACAUUCCAAGAUAUUGCUCAACGUUUCAACGAGCACCACAGAUGGUGACAUAGCUUCGUGGCUUGUACCGUGCGUGCAUUACCAAGCGGGUAUCAUGCGGAACCAGCCGAAUACUUCUAAGGAGCCGUCCCAUGAUUCAGUGCGCGUGAACUGGAGCUUUGUGUGUAAAUAACCGACAGAGACAGAUAAAAGCUCUUAACAUUCCAUUUAAAGGCAUGUAUUACUUUGCAAAUGAGAGGACUUAUCCACACAGUGGUAAGGUUAAGCAAUCGACACGGAACUGGUAUCCAUUGCCUCGGGAAAGGAGACACCAUCGCGGUCGUGUCUGACUCAUUUGGCUGCGGCUACACGUAACGCACGAGUCUGUGGAAAAUGGGUGCAGCCACGAGCUUGCGGCUGCAACAGGGAUGGCAUUUUUGCUAGCCGCAGCCAAGUCAUUUUGGACGCGUUCUAAAUCGAAAGACUGAAUAUUGAAAAGUAAAGAUUCAACUUGAACCAUUGCACGAGGUUGAACGUCUUUGAUGUCUCCUAUGGCUAUCCCAUAGGUUGUUUGUGUGGAAUAGCUGUUGUUCUCGUCAUUUGGGAAUUGCAAACUGCCUGUAACAAUAAUCAUCAGUCAACCAUUCCACGUUUUCAGUCAAAUACAAAUCCUGCUCCAGUGUUUUUUUUCUCCAGUUUUCGCCUCGUACAACCUGACCCCGCUUGAGAUUUAUAUCUUCUUCUUUUUUGCUGAUUUUGCGAAUGUGUACAUUUUUGUUGUCAGGUCAGGGACACGCAAGACCUCAUUUAAUUUUCAGGCUUUUGUUUUAUUUACUUUCUAUGUGUAAAAUACGAUUGUUCUUUCUCAAGAAAAGCCGGAUAAAAGGUCAGGAAAAAAAGCGGUGCCUAAAACAUUGUGCAAUGCCAUAUGUUACCGAUUACGACAGAAAAUCUUGUAAAUAGAUAUUUUAGAACCUCUUUUAACGUGUAUCUGUAACCUAUAUUUUAUAGUUCUAUUGCUCACACGGCUCGUGAAUACUUCUUACAAAGUUAUUUUUGUGCAGCACAUCCCUUGCUAUUUAUUAUUUAAAUAGAAUAUAGAUACUGAGUGAAUACUUUUUAAGUUAUGAUUAUUUUUCGUAUUGCAGUUGGCUGUGCCAAUUUUGGGGGACUCUCAUAAGCAUUUCUCUAGAGGAUAUUUUAGACAUACUGGUGACAACAGUUGCGUGGCGCGUAUAGAAUGACCACGUGAUACUUGUUUCGGUUAGAUUUGUCCCAUGCUACGUUUUGGUUUGUAUUUCUGUUCGAACUUUUGCUAAAAGCAUUAAAUCUUGUUUGAAUAAGUACGGGUAUAUUUCUAAACAAGACAGGCAAUUUUGGAGCGCCACCUGGUACGCUAUGUUGAGUUAGUUUUUGUCAAAUUUCUUUCAAGAAGUGUAUAAUUGUAGAUAAUGAAAGAUGUCAUGAUUGUGUGCUACAUUCCAAACUUAUGAAAUGUUACGUUCCUACAUAAAGAAAUGAGUAUUGAAAUCUGGGGAAAAUCUUUCCUUUUCUUUGGUCUGAAUUUUAUUUUAUUGCAAUAAUGUACACAUAGGCGGACACUUUAUGUUUAAUUUCAAGAUUCCAUUACGUCAUUGCGCUGUCAUCGAAGAAGUGACGAAGCGGAAAACACCGUGAUAGUUUUAUUUGAAUAAUCUUUCUAAAACGUCGACUUUAAUAUCGUUUCCAGCUUAAUUAACCCUUUGUGUAAUGUAACGUAGAACUUUUUAGAAAUUAGAAGCCUAACAUUUGAUGUACAUUGAUUGAAUGGACUGAUUGGAUGAGGGGUCAGUCAGCCUGGAUACUUAAAGGAAUCAAUUGAAAUGAAUAAUAUAUUAGUCUAUAGCAAACUUUUUACUCCGCAAUACCGAGAUAACGAGAGGCGGCAUUCUGUGAAAAGCCGUCUACUUUUGUAUCUUUGUAAAUAUUGUUUGAAAAAUCCUUUUUUACUAGUAUUUUGAAAAGAUGGCCUGACUUCACUUUUGCGUGCAGUCGUAGGCUUUUUCUCAAGACGCUAGAAUGAAUUGAAAACAAAAAAAGAAUAGCACUUGAUAAUUUAUUGCUGUUGUAUAGUUUUAUGGUGAAUCAGGUAUGAGUCGAAGUUGCCAGCGGAAUGAGUUGCAAGGAAACGUCUAUGAAAUAAAGACACCGCCCGGUUAUAUGUCGUUAACAGUGCACCACAGUUUUACAUCAUAGCAGACCCCUUAGAUAGUUACUGAGAGUGCAUCUCUUUUUCAUCACGUGGUCAUCGUGAACAUUCCUCAUGAAACAUGAGUGGUUUGUGUCACUCUAUUGCCGCACCUGAGAAGCAUGGUGAGGCAUCAAGCCCACUUACGAGUCAAAUUGACCACUCCCCCGUUGCUGGCAAGACCCACUUCGAAUCAUAUACCUCCAUUUUCACUGAAAUCAAGUGUCUGUUAAAGUUUAGAGAAUUUAGCUGAAAAGAUAAAUAUAUACUAAUAUAAUGAUAGUUAUGUUCUGAUCACGUUGAUUUUUCUUACAUUCCAGACUGUAUAAAAAAACACUCCUACGAAUUAUUAUCUUACCUUAAUUGAGUUUUGCUGUAAAUGUUUGUGUUUAUUAUAGGACCAAACUAUCAUGAAUCGGUGUGUUUAGGUUGAGCACCUUUGAGCUUGUAUAAAGCUAGGGACGGUUGACAUUACAAAAAUAAAUAAACGAAUACAGAGAAAAUUUCUGGAGCUUCA